AUGAAUAACAAAAAUAAGAAGAUGAAGACUUUACAUGAUUUUUUUAUGAACAAAUCUACAAAACCUAAUUCUGAUGACAUUGAUCCAGAUGAUCCAAUAAUAUUGACACCUAGCACAAGUGAUGUAGUAAAAACUGUGCAUCAAAUAAAAGAAGUACCUGAUGACAUUGAUCCAGAUGAUCCAUUAAUACUGACACCUAGCACAAGUAAUGUAGUAAAAACUGUGCAUCAAAUAAAAGAAGUACCUGUACAUUUUUAUGACCCAGCUGUUGAAUUGCCUAAAAAUCGUAUUGAACUUAGUAAACGAGUGGAUUAUGGUCCUUACCAACCCGUGGUAUCAUUUCCACGAAAAAAUAUAGGGGGUAAAAAUAGAAGUUUUCAUGAAAACUAUUAUACACAAUUUAAAUGGAUAGAAUAUUCACCUUCAAAGGAUGCUGCUUUCUGUUUUCCGUGUCGAUUAUUUAAAGGAAAUAGUAUCAAUAGAGGACAAAUUGAUCUUGCUUUUACUUCUAAGGGAUUUAAGAACUGGAAAGACUCAGUGAGAUCAUUUUCUCGUCAUCAAGCUUCCAAAGCACAUUUAUUUAGUUCUACUUCCUGGCAUAAUGUCCUAAAUGAAAAACCUAUUGAUGUAAUCAUGAAUGAAAAUAAAGCGCUAUUAUUACUUGAACGAGAAAAAGAAAGAUUAAAUAAUAGAGAGAUGAUGAAGAGGCUUAUUGAUAUAAUUAUUAUGUUAGGAAAAACUGGCAAAUCUUUUCGUGGACAUACGGAAAAAUAUACUGAUCUAAAUAAAGGCAUGUUUUUAGAAAUCGCUGACUUAUUAAAAAAAUAUGAUCCAGUCUUAAAAAAUCACCUUGAAAAUGGUCCACGUAAUGCAAUGUACACCAGUAAUCGUAUUCAAAACGAUUUAAUUUUAUCUAUACAUAAUGUAUCAUUUAGGACUUUAUGUAGUUCUUUUAAGAAUAGUUAUAUAUCUAUAAUUGCCGAUGAAACAAGUGAUUGCGGACAUCAAGAACAAAUGUCUGUAGUUAUACAUUAUUUUGAUAAAAAAUUAAAUACACCAGUUGAAAGUUUUAUAGGUCUUCAAAGACUACUUAAAGUUGACGCUCAUUCCAUUUUUGACAGUCUAAAUGACAUGUUGGUGAACAAAUUAAAUUUAGAUUGGUCUGCUGUUUUAGCUGUGUGUUUUGAUGGUGCUUCUAACAUGUCAGGUUCUUACAAUGGUGUUCAAGCUAAAUCAAAAGUUAGUUCAAAACUACAAACGGAAAAACUUGAAUUACUAACUGCAGUUGACUUGAUAACAGGAUUGAAAAAUAUUCUUUCUGAAUUUAGAUCCUAUGACCAUGACUUUGAUGUGAUAUAUGAUGCUACUUAA